AUUUUCUUACUUCUAACACUUUUGGGGACUCGUGUCGCAGUGGGGGCAAAAACUGAGGUCCCUACAGGUAGAGACACUUUUUAAAGGUUACGGUUAGGUUAAAGGUUAGGUUAGGGUAAGAGGCUCGGUAUUGCAUUAUGUCAAUUAGAUGCCCCGUGAAGAAAGAGGAACAAACGUGUGUAUGUUUGUGAAGCUGUUCACUAAAAAUCUAGUUUUCAGAGUUCAACAGAAGCUCUUAUGAAGCUCAAAACCUACCUGUGAGAUUGGCGGGAGAUAUUGUGUGCUGCCAUAUUUCAGUUCAGACAGCUGGUUCAAAUAGUUUAGUUUAACUACAUCAAGGGAUAAAACGUUGAACGUUGAAGGAGGACCAGCUUCAUGCUUUUACAAAUACAGAAACUAAAUGAACCACAGAAAAUGGGAAGGACAUUAAAGGAACUGUGAAGAGGUCGUCCUGUGGUGACUUAGGAACAGCUAAUACUUCUCAUUUCACUCUCUGAAACACUUACAGGGUCUACUUAGUGUUUUUCUUUCAGUCCUGCAUUGAUCUGAGGACAUGGAGACACAGACGGGUGUUUGGCUCCUGGCAGCGCUGCUGAACGUUUCUUUAGCAGAAGAUAAAUACGUUGCUGUUGGUGGUAACCUGGAGCUGAGGCCUAAACCACCAUCAGCAGUAGCCAUCAGCAACAUCCUGUGGAAACACAACAACAAUCUGCUGGCAGAGUGGGUGAAGGGAUUAAUUAAUCUGACAUACUACAGUACGUUUAAAGGCCGCACAACCCUGGACAUAACCACUGGACGAUUGGAAAUCAAGAACAUGGGAGAAGCUGACGCGGGGCAGUACACAGUGGAAAUCGACAGCCAUGCCCAGAGUCUGAGCUAUGAUGUUAAAAUGAUCAAAGAAGUGCCCGAGCCUGAGGUAUGGAUGCGACCAGUGUCCUGUAAUGGGGAUUCAGAAGCGUGCACGCUGUCCUGUGAUGGAGACACUGGAGGGGCUGAACCUGUGACCUACAGCUGGAAGGAGGGAGACGGAGACUGGAAGGAGUCGGGACAGGACAUGAAAAUCAACAAGACUCAGACAGAUGUUGAAACAUUUUCCUGCAAGAUAAAGAACCCGGUCAGUGAGAAAGAAAGUGAACCCGAAAAUAAUCCGUUCUUCCAAAGAAAUCUUCCAGACUUUGAACUCUGGACUAAGGUUUUAGGGACUGUGAUAAGAUCCUUGGCAAUCGUGGCACUCUUUGUGACUGUUGUGUUCUUCUGUUAUCUGAACCGAGAGACCGUCAGGAAGCUGAUCUGUCCAUGUCAGCGUGGAAAAGGUGACGAUAACGCAGCUCGAGGUGGACGAUCACCUCCACUUCCUGAUAGAGAUUAAAGCACGUCAGCCCUGCAGCCAUGGAAAGGGAAGGUGCUGUGCUCUGCAGUUAAAUAUUACACAUAAAAGCAAGAUUUCUUUAGGAGCCAGAUUAUAUUUCAUUUUAACAGUGUUGUAUAAAUUCAGAGCUGACUUCAGGCUGUGAGUGUUUAACCAUCUCUCAUCUACUUUUUGUACCUGACUUAAAGUAGGCUUCUAUUUUGAUGUAAAUACUUUAAUAAAAAUUAUGAAUGCACAACUUUUACUUUUAGUAUUUCUACACUGUGGUAUUGCUACUUUUACUUAAGUAUAACUGCAGAAUGUGUCAGGAUCCUGUCAAACUUGUUCUCAUGUUUUGACGUGUUGACCAAAAAUGUGUAUCUCAGUAGUGCGUACAUCCUACACAAAGUUCAGACUCAAGUACUUCUGCAGCUGAAUCAAUUAGUAAAAUAAAAUAUUAAUAAAAAAUAUUAGUAAAUUA